CAAGCCCUGAUUCGCUCCUUCAUACGACCUUGCGUAGGAUUGUCUCAUUGCGAGAUUUUCUCUUAAAACACCGGAAAUUACGCACCACGAACUAGAAUAACUGGAACCCCGGCAGUCGACAAAUCGACACUUUGGCCAUGGCAUGGAGUCCUAACCGACAGCUAUAAAAGGUCGAAGCGUGUCUCCUGGAGACAUGCCUCCGUUCCCUCAUGCGCUGCCAACGGUUCAUUAUGCAUCUCUCGUGUGUGCACGUUGGACACCGACGAGCUCCAUUCGGACACAUGUUCUCUGUCGAGGUUUGCAAGCCUUGGCGCCAACAUGUUUGGUGCCAAGUUUACUCAUUCUCGUCCUCACAUCUUCAAACGUUAUGUGUCAUCCGGUCAUUCUAGAGGAUUGACCAGAUUACAAAAACGAUUCACUUUGAACGGUAACAUACUCCAUAAGAGAAAGUUAUUCAUGAAAAUUAUAUGACUUUGAACGCUAACAUAAAUCCAUAGGAGAAAACAAUUCAUGAAAAAUACAUCAGUUUGAACGCUAACAUAAUCCAUAAGAGAAAAAUAUUCAUGCAAAAUAUUUCACUUUGAACGCUGUCAU